GUUUCGUUACGUUAAAAAAAGUCCAAACAAUGACAGGUCGUGGUAAAGGCGGUAAAGGGCUAGGUAAAGGGGGAGCCAAGCGUCAUCGUAAAGUUUUACGUGACAACAUUCAAGGUAUCACCAAACCGGCCAUCCGUCGUCUUGCCCGCCGCGGUGGUGUAAAACGUAUAUCUGGUCUCAUCUACGAGGAAACUCGCGGUGUUCUAAAAGUAUUUCUUGAAAACGUCAUUCGUGACGCUGUUACUUACACCGAACAUGCUAAAAGAAAGACAGUAACUGCCAUGGACGUUGUGUACGCGCUGAAGCGCCAGGGACGUACUCUGUACGGUUUUGGCGGCUAAUUUCAAAUUUUUUGAUAUUUCAAUUCAACUCAUCGGCCCUUUUAAGGGCCACCAAAACUUAUAAGAAAUUGAUUUCGUUAAUUAGCUACUUCGGACCUGUGUUGCACACCCACACAAAUGGUAUUUGACAACUCUCCAUUUAGUAGUUACUUUGCCAUUUUUGAA